AAAGCGAUUAAAGCCCUCACCUCCCUCCCCUACCUAUAUCACUAUGCACCCUUCUUCAAACUAGAAGACAACACAGACACAGCAAAAAGGUUGUGCAAACGAGGAGAAGAAGAAGCUGAAUCAGCUAGCAAUAGCAGCAAAGUACACAUUCUUCUCUGUUCCUCCACUGUUGCAUGAAAGAAAAAGCCAGCCUACUGAAAAUGGCUCAUCAGCUUCAAGUUUCUUUGGUACCCAACAGCCAAACUAGCCCUUCUCUUCCACUGCUUCAGGCCAAGGAAAGCAUCAUCUCUGAGUCUCAGAGUGAUAGUACUACCGAGCAAGGAAGCACGUCUCCGAAGAGGGAUCAAGAUAAUGAAGAGGAGAUUGAGUCAGCUUGGUCAAGAAAUGAGGAGAUUACAAUAUUAGGUCUGGCUUCAACUCAAGUGGGUGCAGCAGAAGAACCCAGUAAAGGCUAUGACGAUGUCUUGGCAGUAGCAGAAGAUAGUGGACGUGAGAGGUUGAGGAAGCAUCGGGUUGAGGUGGCGGGUCAGGUCUGGAUUCCGGAUAUUUGGGGCCAGGAGGAGUUUCUCAAGGACUGGGCUGAUUGUACUGUUUUUGAUGAUUCUUUGUUUCCUAAUGGGAUUAUGUCAGCUCGUAGUGCUUUGAUUGAAGAAGGAAGGAGAGGAACUUCAUGCAGAUUAAGAAUAGAAAACAGGUGUUGAAUAACAUUAUUCUUGUUGUCCUAAGAUCCAUCUUCAUAUUGGCUUUGAUUGUUAUGAUAUACAAAUCACUUUUUGAUGAUUAUUGAUACUGAAAACACUAGCAAAAUCGCCCGCUCUUUCCCGCGGGAUUUACUAUUAUCGAUGAAUUGCUUAGACUAAAUGUUUCUAUACAUAAGAAUAUUAUUGA